AUGUCAGGUUUAGUACAAACAAAUGCAUGGAAAAAUUUAAAAAAACUUUAUGAUACUGUUGGAAUUAAUCUUAAUCUUCGACAAUUAUUUUCUGAUGAUGAAAAACGUUUUCAACGUUAUACAUUAGAUAUUAAUACAUCGGUUGGACCAUUUUUAUUUGAUUAUUCAAAAAAUUUAAUUAAUGAUGAUAUUUUACUUGAAUUAUUUGCAUUAUGUCGAGAAUGUAAUAUUGAAGAAAAACGAACAAAAAUGUUUACUGGAGAUAUAAUUAAUUUUACUGAAAAACGUGCUGUUUUACAUACAGUAUUACGUACACCAAAAGAUGGAAAAGAAGUUUUAGUUGAUGGAAAAAAUGUUAUACCUGAUGUUCAUCGAGUUUUAGAACAAAUGAAAACAUUUUCUGAAGCUAUUCGUCAUGGACAAUGGAAAGGUUAUACAGGAAAAUCUAUUACAGAUGUUGUUAAUAUUGGUAUUGGUGGAUCUGAUCUUGGUCCAUUAAUGGUUUCUGAAGCAUUGAAACCAUAUGCAAAAAGUGGUCCACAUGUUCAUUUUAUUUCCAAUAUUGAUGGUACACAUAUAAGUGAAACUGUAUCAAAAUUAUCACCUGAAACAACAUUAUUUAUAAUUGCAUCAAAAACAUUUACAACACAAGAAACAAUAACAAAUGCUGAAUCAGCUAAAGAAUGGUUUCUUAAGCAAGCUAAAGAUCAACAAAAUGUUGCAAAACAUUUUGUUGCUUUAUCAACAAAUACACAAAAAGUAACGGAAUUUGGUAUUGCAAAAGAAAAUAUGUUUGAAUUUUGGGAUUGGGUUGGUGGUCGUUAUUCUCUAUGGUCAGCUAUUGGUCUUUCAAUUGUAUGUGCUAUUGGUUUUGAAAAUUUUCAACAAUUAUUAGCUGGUGCACAUGCUAUGGAUAAACAUUUUCAAGAAAUGCCAUUAGAAAAAAAUUUACCUGUUAUUAUGGCUGUACUUGGUAUUUGGUAUAAUAACUUUUUUGGUGCUGAAACGCAUGCUAUUUUACCUUAUGAUCAAUAUAUGCAUAGAUUUGCUGCUUAUUUUCAACAAGGUGAUAUGGAAAGUAAUGGAAAAUAUCGUACAAAAGAAGGAAAACAAGUUGAUUAUACAACUGGUCCAAUUAUUUGGGGUGAACCUGGCACAAAUGGUCAACAUGCAUUUUAUCAAUUAAUUCAUCAAGGUACAAAAUUAAUACCUUGUGAUUUUAUUGCUCCAGUUGAAACUCAUAAUCCAAUACGUGACAAUCUUCAUCAUAAAAUUUUAUUGGCUAAUUUUCUUGCCCAAACUGAAGCAUUAAUGAGUGGUUUAACUGAAGAAGAGGUUCGAAAAAGUUCGAAUACAAGUGAUGAACUUCUUAUUUAUCACAAAUCAUUUCGUGGUAAUCGACCAACAAAUUCAUUUGUUUUACCACGUGUAACACCAUUUACAUUGGGUAUGUUAACUGCUGCAUAUGAACAUAAAAUAUUUGUUCAAGGACAAAUAUGGAAUAUUAAUUCUUAUGAUCAAUUUGGUGUUGAACUUGGUAAACAAUUAGCCAAAGUUAUUUUACCAGAGUUAGAUGCAACUCAACCUGUUACGGCUCAUGAUUCAUCAACAAAUGGUUUAAUCAAUUUUAUUAAUAAACAUAGAAAAUGGACACCAACAGCUAAAUAA